AUGGUCACCCCCGGACCGAAGGCGGCAGCCCCGGCUACGCCCAAGUACUUCCAGCUCGUCAUCUUCGUCAUCUUCGUCUUUGGGGUCUUCGUGUUCCUCGCAUGCACCGCUGCGAUCCUCGGGUACCGCGAAAAGCUGCGUUCUGGGGGCUCCGUCGCCCUCGCGGACAGCCCAAUUGCUACGCACGUCAGCGCUUGCGAUCUGGAGAAAUGCAUCGACGUCGCCGCGCCCUCUAGGGAGAAGGCGAGGACGAGGCGGGGGCGGUCCGGUUGGCUGCCUGCGUGGUUCUCGAGCGGGAGCAGUGACGCGGGGGACGAUGGCGACUCGGACUCCGUGCUCGCGCUGCUGCCGGGACGUCGGGACAGGGUGUCGGUUUGGGGGAAAGUCUUGAACCUCCUCACGAAGAGGAAUAGGCGCGUCCUUUUGCAGCCGGACCCACCGACGAUCAGGAAGAUCAGCAGAGUCCUCGACGCAGUCGAGACUAGAGAGCGUGCGGCAGCUACAACGUCGCGCGCCGACGGCAUCGCGGAGAGCUUCGACAACCCUCCCGUCCCUCCUCCGAAGCCCUCGUGCACGUUCGCGCCCCCUCUGCGCAAGCUGCAGAUUCCCGAAAUCGUCGUCGAGUGCUGCGACCCAGACCCCGAGCGCGCGUUCUUCAGCGACUCCCCCGACAACUCCUUCGCGACCACCGCCUCCACCUCGUAUUCCCGCACCAGCACCCCAAGUCUCAGUCUCUGCGCGUUCACGGCGGGAUCCAGCUCGAGCUCGAGCCUCGUCCUCAGCCCCACACAAGCGUCCCCCGCGGAGUUCUACUUCCCCAGCUUCCCCCGCACCAGCAUCUCGUCGCUCGACCUCCUCAGCGUCCCCCCGCCUUCGUCCUGUGGGGGCUCCGCGGAGCAGGCCGCGGCGAGUGCGACGAGAGUGUCGAAGACGUCUGGGGCGCGCAGAGGACUCGCUCUUGCGCCGCCGCCGCGGGGUUCCGCGGGACGCGCGCCUGCACCCACAUCUUCGUCUUCGCUGUCGUCGUACGUGACGUCGACGCCGGCGAAAGGGGGGCGGAAGAUGCGGAGCCGGGGCACCACGCGCCCCGAGGUCGACGUCCAUGCCAAGCCUGACCUGGCCAUCGCCGUGGAGGUGUCUUCCGCGGGCAUCGCUGGGAAGAGGAAGGCUGUCGCUGUCCCGGGCAGGCCGGGCAAUGUGGACGACGGUGGGACUAAAGAACACGGCAGGAACAAGAGCAAGAGCAAGAUUGAAGACAAACGACAUCCGUCGGACAAGCGCCCGAGGUUCACGUCGGCCUCGAGUGCACCUAUCCUUCCCAUACGGCUCCCGGUGUCGUCCAGCACGACCUCGAGCCUCAUGGACCUCAUUCUCGACGCUAUCGCCGCGGACACGGACGAGUCCUUCCACUACACAUCUGUCGAAAGUUCUGGGCUCAGCUCAUCAUCGUCUGCCUCCCUGACUUCCGCCCAUUCUUUCUUGGGGGACAUAAGGCCUAUUACGAAGAUGGCGCCGUACGGCUCCUUCCUGUUGCUCGAGGACGGGGAUUGUGAGAGCGAGGAGGACCUGCUGGACGCGAUCCUGAGCGCGUACAUCCGGACCGACGACAACUUGAAGCGCGAGAGCGACGACGGCACCUUCACGUCGGAGGAUCCGGAGUCGGCGGGCUCGGACUAUAGCGACUUCGACGAGAUCAGCUUGCACAACAUCCCGGAGUGCGACCCAGCUCGCGACCGAGAGGACGUCAAGGUGGUGGACGUGCGCUUUGGGGGGACAUUUGGCGAGGCGAUCCGGUACCGGGUCUUGCACGGGCUUGCGAUAUGA